GGGCAAGUCUUGCGCAGAGUGAAAAAGAAGAAAAUCUGUAAAAACAGGAAAGCAAACGCCAGCGCACUCUCUCUCUCUGUCUUCCUUUUGUCUCAGGUGGAAAUAUAUUAAUCAAGGUAAAAGAGCACUUCUGCCAAACCGAUUUCUGAUUUUAAAAUUUUAUCAGAAUCAUAUUGUAGCGUAGAGAGAUAAAAAGAAUCCAAAUUCGAAGACCAAAAUCAAAACCCGCAGUUUCAGAAUUAGGGAGGCGGCGCCACGCAAUGGGUCAAGCCUUUCGCAAGCUCUUCGAUGCCUUCUUCGGCAACUCUGAGAUGCGGGUUGUGAUGUUAGGGCUGGAUGCAGCCGGUAAAACAACCAUACUUUACAAGCUACACAUCGGAGAAGUUUUAUCUACUGUUCCAACAAUUGGGUUCAAUGUGGAGAAAGUUCAGUAUAAGAAUGUGAUGUUUACUGUUUGGGAUGUUGGUGGACAAGAGAAAUUAAGGCCACUCUGGAGGCAUUAUUUUAACAAUACAGAUGGACUGAUUUAUGUUGUCGAUUCUUUGGACCGUGAGAGAAUUGGAAAAGCAAAAGCGGAGUUUCAGGCCAUCAUCAAAGAUCCAUUUAUGCUCAACAGUGUCAUCCUGGUAUUUGCCAACAAACAGGAUAUGAAAGGAGCAAUGACACCAAUGGAAGUAUGUGAAGGAUUGGGUCUUUUUGAACUCAAGAACAGAAAAUGGCACAUACAAGGGACUUGUGCGCUUAGGGGAGAUGGCCUGUACGAGGGCUUGGACUGGCUAGCUUCAACUUUGAAAGAAAUGAGAGCUGCUGGGUAUUCUUCAGUGGGCACCUCAUCAUUCUAAUCUUCCAGGUUUACUGAAAGAGUUGAUGUUCCUAUAGAUGAAGGCAGAGCUUUGGCCCAUGGUAGUGUGCUAAACUCUACUCAAAUUUUUUUGGGUUCUGUGAACGAAUUGAUUUUAUUAGGGUUCAUGCCUUUGGUCCUACAAUGUAAAUUACGAUGCUGGUGAGGCAGUCAUUGAAAAUUGAGUGGAAACUCGGAAACUAUAAAUGCUUAUAUAUCCCCUUAUAGAUAAGGUCAAAUGAUUGUUAA